CUCUUCCAGGUACACGCCCUUUGACUUGUGAAGGGGGAAAAGUUUUAAGGACAGGAAAAAAAAAAACCUAAAUCACGGAAGAGAUUCUGCAGUCCUACUAGUUUGGCAAGUUCUCUGGGCGCAAAGCAGCGUAGAAAGGUGGGGAAGAGGGCAGAAACUCAAAUUUGCGCACAUUUGUACACUUCUCUUGUCCUGCAGGCUGUAAACGAGACAGAGAAGUCAUGGAGAGUGCCAUUCAGACCAUGGUGAAGGUCUUCCUGAAGUCAUCCAAAGGAAGGGAGAGUCUAGGGAAGAAAGAAUUCCAAAACCUUGUCUCAUCCCAGCUGGGAAACAUCCUCACGGACACGGACAGCAAAGACGCGAUAGACAACAUGGGUAAGGAGCUGGAUAGCGACCAAGAUGGCAAGGUUGGCUUUGAGGAGUUCAUGAAGCUAGUCGGCUAUGUGGCCUGCUCGCUGAGUGAGCAACGUUCGCUCGCCAAAGAGGAACCUGCACAGAAUUCUGCAUCUGCACAAGUGGCACAAAACGCCCCCAACAAGGAGGAUCAGAAGCCCGAGGCGAACGAGGAAGCGAAGCCCGAGGCGAACGAAGAGGCAAAGCCAGCAGCAAGUGCUGAAGUGAAGGUAGAAGCAAACGCAGACGCAAAGGUAGAAGUAAAGGCAGAGGGGCAGACGCAGCCGGAGGCAGCAAAGGAAGCAGCAGUGGCAGACACAGCUGCAAAAGCAGGAGAAGCGGCUGUAAAAGCGGAGGAAAAGGUGGAGGAAACGGUAAAGGUGGGGGAAACUGCAGACAAGCUCCCCGCUGCUGUGAAGGAAGAUGUGGAAAAGAAGACAGAGGAGGCGACCUCAUAGGGGACAAUUCAUCCUUCACAACAAAAAGAGAAAAGAAAUCACACUACACACAUUCAAAACACUACACAAAGCACAGCCUUAACAAUGUUAAAAUGAAUCGAAAAGCCACUAAUGAUUUUUUUUUAUGUUUCAAACACAGAACUUUGAAAUAAAACAAUAUUGGGAAAAGUUAAAACACUACAAGACCAGCUCUAAAAUAACGAAAUAUUCCUUUUUAUAAGAUAAUAACUGUCAGUUUAUUGCUUUGUACUACUAGUUACCACUAUGUUCUUAUGUACAGCAUGUGCAUCCCACUAUAUAGCACAUUUACCUCAUUAUGAUAAUACACUAUGAUAGCAUGCAGACGUACGCUAUCCCGUGCAUGCCGUGUCCCUGUGAAAACCUUGCUGCACACGUGACCAACGCACCACUGCCAACGAGACCUUUAGUUUAAACCCAAACCUUUUCCCACAUUUGUCUCUGUGUGGGCUUCCUGCACAGUUGUGGCAUGCAGUCAUUUGGGUCCUUGGUAAAACAGAAGUAAAUUACAUCUUAAAGGAAUAGUUUGACAUUUUAGGAAAUGUGCUUUUAAGAUUAGUGGCCAAAAAUUCCUUUACGUUAGGUAGCUUUGAAACAUCUGCCAGCAUCCCGAAAGAUAAGAAGAUAAGAAAUAACAUUUUACAACAACUUUUCUGUUUAAUCAGUUGUUCGCAUCUUUUUAGAACAAAAUACAUUGAUCAUAUCUGUUAUUUAGUGCUAAAAGAGGGUAGCUGUUUUCCUCUUUAACUAUAAUUGAUUUUCCAUACAGACCCUAGGGUACUAUUUUUCUUCUCUUCCAACUCUUUAAAGUGUAUUUCUGAACGUGUCAAAGUGUUCCUGCAUUGGGUGCAUGAAAAUCUGACAGUACAUUUUUACUAACAUUCUCGUGCUAUAUUUCUGAUUGAGCAUGACAAUAAACAGAAGUGUUUUGCUGAUGCUUUGCAUUACUUCAGCUUGUCUUCACUGUGGUAUUGGCCCCCUUUAAACCAUCUUCUUCUUCUUCUUUCUCUUUCAAGUCUGCUUCACGGGCUCACUGUGCUGCAAAAGUUAACUUCAUCUGGCAUCUGCAGCAUAUUCUCGUCACUCUUAGUCUGCCAUAAAUUAGGAACUGGAAGAUCAGGUGUGACCCUUGGCUAAAUAAUUAAGGUUCAGGGGUGGAAUCCACACCAAAGGGCCAUUAAGUGGCCAAAGGGGAGCCCAGAUGAGCCUCAUAUGAGUGGGCUGGUCACUAGAGGGGCAGGUCAGAAAAGACGCUCUUGUAACCUAAGCUGAAGAGAAGAACAUGAUAACUAAAAGCCAAGAAGUCAAGCAGUCUUAACAGGUGUCACUUUUUUUAAAUUAGUGCCUGUAUUAUUGUGUAUUUGAGACAGCAGGUCCUUCCUAUUUAACCCUUAGGUGCUGGGCGGCUCAUUAUCAGGAGUGAUCCCUGGCAGCACAGGACAGAGGGGAGUGACAAGCAGAAAUUUGACCUCUCGUUUGGAGGCUUUCCUUAUAAUUGCUCGUCGUCGUGGGUGUUUUUUGUUUUUUUUGUGGUUUUUUUGUGUUUUUUUUGCUGUUUUAGGCACCGUUUGUUCAUCCUUAUGUGUUUGUUUGUUACUCACACUCUCAUUCUGUUUAAAGACCCUGUUUGACCUGCAACUGGAUCCUUGGGCAUUAGGCAUUGGGAAACUACUGGAUUAGGCAUUUGAUGGGUAACACACCCUGGGACACAAACAAUUACAUGAAAGUAAUCCCGGGCUCCAGUGAACCUGCCCAUCAGACGAGGUGGUAGUGUCAAAGGUAUCAUUGUCAGAGGUUGUGCUUUUUUUUAAGCAAAAAAAAGAAGAAAAAAAAAGAAUACUGAGCCAUCAAUGUGUGAGCUUCUGCAAAAGGCUAAUAAUGAGAUGUUGCAUGCUUUUGGAAACUUAUUACCAUUUUAUUACCAUUAUUGCGGCCAUUAUUUAAGUUCUACAUGGCCUCUUUAUAAUUAACUUUUAAGCCUAUACGUAACUCUUAUCUGGACCACUAUGGAGAUAAACUUGAAAGUGUACUUCUUUGUCACAUUAUAUGCAAUUUGUUAAUUACAAUUUAAUGAUUUGCAAAUUGUUUCAUCAUCAAUAAUGCACCCAUGAAAACAAAAAGGUUUGUGUUGCAGGCCUGCUGUGUUGCAGGUCUGUGAGACCAGCUGCAAAGUGCUUCAGGCACACACAUUUUGGGCAGCGAACCAAAUGUGUACCUUAUGUACUGUUAGAGCACCUGGCACCGCAAACCGCUCAACAGCAACACGGGCGAGACAAAUAAGCUUUGAGUCAUGUGACCGCCAUGGCUCACUGCGACACUCCCAUUGUAAAUAACCUCAUUUACACACUCUGCUCAGACUUUAUACUCACAGUAUGCUACGUUUCUCGCCGCAGUUAUUAUUAACACACUUACUGAACAAUCGGGGCUUUUUACACUACGUUAUGAUUUCUUUUAAUAAAAUAUGUAUAAUUUUUAUAUUGCAAAUACAUUUUGGUACUUCCUAUGACUAAUAGAACCAUCAUCUCUUAAAUUGCUGCAGUCAGCUUCCUGUAUAACUUGCACUAACAGCAGAUGCCGUGUUUUUGAAGUGAGCAUACCUGGGUUGCACAUCAUCUAACAAAGGUAAUCCCUUAUUUGAAUCUCUGCAAUGAUGACCUGUGAGAGCUGCAGUCUCUUUCAGAGAGCUUAAACUGUCUGCAAUGGCAGUGUUAUUAUUCUGUCCCUUAGUGUAAACCCCACCCAGCUUUAACUCAUGUAGAUUAAAAACAUGCUGGAACUGAGCACAGCAGAUUUGCAGCGGGGAUUGUUUGCCGUCGUGUCUUCGUUGCCACACAAUGAAUCUCAUUCAUUCUGAGAUACAGAAGAUGCAGAUAACAGCAUGCGUUAAGAAUCUUCAAAGUGAUACACGUACGAGUGUACGAACGUGUGAGUCAUAAUGUUUGUGAUUACGGGGCCGUUCCCAGGGAACUGUGCAGGCUUUUAUCACUGUGCAUUAAUGCAGUCCUGCCAAGUACAGCAGUUGGACUUAUUCAGGUCCACUGACCUGUUCAGUAAACUUUAUUAUGCAGAUUUUUUAACUUCAUAUGUAACGCUGUAUCGUUUUGGAUAAUUUUAUGUAAAGUGUAAUGGCUAAUAUUGAAUAAACUGUGACAAUAACAA